CGAGACUGACGUCUUCUUCGUCUUCCAAAAUGAUAGAAGAUGAGAUACACGCGCCGUUCCUCCCUGAGUUUAAGUCGCCGGUGCUGGAGAGUAAGAGAUCCGCCACCGGCGGUGUCGCUUCAGUUCCCGGCGCAGUGUUCAAUGUAUCGACAAGCAUUAUCGGAUGUGGAAUUAUGUCGAUUCCUGCAACUGUCAAGGUUUUAGGUGUCGUUCCAGCGUUCGCGCUUAUCGUGAUCGUCGGUGUCCUCUGCGAUUUCUCUGUCGAUUUCCUAUUGAGGUUCACAAAUGCUGGCAAGUCGACGACAUAUGCCGGUGUCAUGGGUGAAGCAUUCGGGAGAGUUGGAUCAGUUGCGUUGCAGAUUUGUGUCAUGAUCACCACCAUCGGUUCAUUGAUCAUUUAUCUCAUUAUAAUCGGUGAUGUGUUGUCGGGGAGCCAAUCCGAAGGAUCAAUACACUUCGGUGUUCUGCAAGAAUGGUUUGGCAUCCAAUGGUGGAACACACGUGCUAUCGCAAUUCUCUUCACCGUACUCUUUAUGGUGCUUCCUCUUGCAUUGUUGCGUCAUGUAGAAUCGUUGCGGUUCACUUCAGCCGUCUCAGUUCUUCUUGCUGUUGUGUUUGUUGGCAUUAGUUCAGUGAUGGCUGUACUCGCCCUUUGGGAAGGGAAAACACAGAGUCCAAGACUGCUACCAGAGGUAGCCAGCCUAUCAUCUUACUUCGAACUUUUCACUGCUGUUCCGAUCAUUGUGACAGCUUUCACCUUCCACUUCAAUGUUCAUCCAAUUGCAGCAGAGCUACCAAAUCCUUCCAAAAUGGUCUCAGCUGUGCGAAUCUCACUAGUACUAUGCACAGCAAUUUAUUUGACUGUUGGGUUCUUUGGUUACUUACUGUUUGGGGACUCCAUCAUGUCUGACAUACUAACUAAUUUUGACAGAGAUUCUAGUUCUCCUAUGGGCAAGUUGCUUGAUGACACAGUUCGGUUAAGUUACGCAUUUCAUCUAGUGUUGGUUUUCCCUCUACUAAAUUUCUCUCUUAGGGCCAACAUCCAUGAACUCUUCAACAAAUCAUCUCCAUCUGCUUUAGACACCACCCGAUUUGUCUUUCACACUUGUUGUCUUCUGGGUAUCAUUUACAUUGCGGCAAUAGCCCUUCCAGAUAUAUGGUACUUUUUUCAGUUCACGGGAUCGACAUCAGCCGUCUGUCUUACAUUCAUUUUCCCUGGUGCCAUUGUCUUGAGAGAUGUUCAUGGGAUAUCCACAAGAAGAGAUAGGAUAUUGGCAGCUAUGAUGAUAAUCUUGGCAGUAAUUACAAGCUCUAUUGCCAUUUCUUCCAAUUUAAAUAGUUUGGCUAGAAAAUCAUAAUUACCUUCUUUUCCUUUA